AUGAAAACGAGCUCUGAACGCACACAGGGAUACGUCCGGAAGAUUAACCAACUCGCUGAAGAUUCGGGACUGGCGUAUUGGGUUGGGUUCAUGAAAGGCCGAGUUAAACCUGGUCCCGACCCUCCCAAUACCUCCAACCCAACCUCCCCGAGUGCGCAACACUCCACAUUCGGGCCCCACGGUCCUGGGACGCGACGCCAGCAACCACGCCACGUCUCGGGCGGAUCCGUCGGCUCAGAAGUGACAUUUGCAGUCAGACCGGACGCAUACGUCGCGACCAACAUCUCCGUCCGCUCCAGCUCGCCUCCUCUCUCGGGUGCCCCGCCGCCCUCGCUUCCUUACCCCUCGCUCGCCAAGGACAUUGGGAUCCGGUCCGCCGAGCCCCGGACCAACGCCGCGCCCACGCCCGGAAUGAAGGCCAAAGUCGGCUCCAUCGGGCUCUUUUCACAUAUCGGGCGGAAAGCGAGUGUGCGCCGGGAGAGGGACAGAUUGGUCAUGCAGCAGGCGCGUAAACCGCAUGCGCUGCGGAAUCGGGCUCUUUUCACAUAUCGGCGGAAAGCGAGUGUGCGCCGGGAGAGGGACAGAUUGGGUGCAGCAGGCGCCGGCGCGCCUGCGUACGGCGAGCUCCCGGUCGGUAAACCGGUCACGCUCAGCGCUCCGCCCACAAUACCCGGUGGACCGCGCGCACGACCAGACAAGCGUGGCCCGGGCGGGAGUAGGGGGGGAGGGGAAGAGGAGGGACCGACGACGGCGCGUCGGACAGCGGACACUCGUAUGCGCAUACGACGUUGCAUCCUCACCCUCGAGCGAGCGUGA